CGCCCGGCCCUGGCCGUGCUCCGGCCCCCCGCCCGCGCUAGCCCCGCCCCGUGCUCCCGGCCCUGAGCGCGCCCGUGCCCAGGUCUGCACUGCGACAUCGACGUGCCCAGGACGAUCCAGCUGGUGCGGCGGCAGCGCUCGGGGAUGGUGCAGACCGAGGCGCAGUACAAGUUCGUGUACCUGGCGCUGCAGCGGCACAUCCAGGCCGAGCAGCUGCGCCUGCGUGAGCAGCGCCGGCCGCCGGAGGAGCCCUCCUACCGGAACGUGGGCCUCGGGUCGGCGGACGCCGGCCGCAACGCUGCCCCCGUGUCGUCUCGGGCGCCGGCAGCGACCCCGGAGGCCCCUGGCGGCGACUACGAGAACCUGCGGGGCCCCGCGCGGUGAGGGUGCCCCGGUGGGGGCCGGAGCCGAGCGGCAGUGGGGGGCCCGCCGGGCCGGGGCGCUCCUCGGAAGGACUGUGUUUAGGGCAACGCAGACCGCAGCUUCUCCCCGCGUCUCCCCCAGCCCUCAGACCCUCCCGAACGCGGCCUGGACGCCUAGAAAUGGGCAGGGGCAGUGGGGAGACCCGAGCGCCCUGCCCUUUCCGGGGCUCCCAGGUGACAGGGGAGCGGGAGGGCCUCAGGGCUGUGGUGUGUCUCCCGGUGUGGGAGGCCACCAGUCACCGCCUGCACCGCGCAGUGACCCCCUGUGACCCCGUGUGUGCCACAUGUUUGUCGUGCGUGGCCAGUCUGUGCUUGACCUGACUGGGGCCAUCGUAGGGGCUUGCCUGCCCUACCCGCGGCCUCAGCACCCACCUCCGCUUCAGAGCUGCCCACUGCGCGGGUGCACGUGAGAUGCUCCUGGAGCACGUGUGCGACCUCGUGUGCCGGGUGAGGCUCACGUGCGGGCAUGACCCGUGUGUGACCGCUGGGGCACCACUGGCGUGUUGUCUGUGCUCCUCCCGUCCCGGAUGGCCCUGUGACUUUGUGGGACCCUCAAUAAAAUGACUUGGUCUCA